GUGAAAGUAAACAAAUGGAUCCCACGGUGAUUUGCGGUAAAAACAUUCAAAAUAUGAGCCAAAUAAAGCAAAGAAAAUGCCUGGAAAGAAAAGAAAAUAUAACGUACGGUUCCCUCCUAGUCGCAUCAAAAAGAUUAUGCAGAAGGACCCGGAGGUGGGAAGGAUGGCGAUGUCUGUUCCUGUGAUCAUCUCUCGGGCUUUGGAGAUGUUCCUGGUUUCUCUUCUCAGUAAAACCUGCCUGAUAACUGAGUCAAAGCUCAGCGGCACGGUGUCCGUGAAUCACAUGAGGCAGUGCAUAGAGUCAGAAAGGUUGUUCCACUUCCUCAAAGACAUGGUGGAGGGAGCCACAGCUACGGCAGCCCAGAAGGACAACCAAGGCAUGAGUAUGUGGCCUUUAUACAGGAACAAAAUGCUGGACGCUCCUGUCAGAAAACCACCUGAGCCAGAAGAGACGGUGCCACAGAGGAGUCAUAACCCACGUGAGAACGACUCAAGCUCCAGCGAGUCGGAGCAGCUCUACAUCUGCUUGUGA